AUGAAAUUGUUGACUGUAAAUUUCCUUACCUGCUCAAACAAGGGUUGCAGUAGUACUGCUGAAGCAUUUCCUUUAAAGAUUGAAGAUGCCAAGUUGGCUAUCCAACAAAUGGAGCUUAAACCUGAAUUUUUGCGCAAUAUUGUUUCUAGAAUCGAUUGGGAUGCUCUGUUGAUUAGUACAAGACAGUUGGGAAAUAAUAGUCUUCCUGAAGAGAAGCCAGAAUUGACGGAAGAAUCAGACGAAGUUCUUUUAAAAUCACUUCAUAAUGUUUUAUUAGAGACUGAAAUUACAGAGGCUAAAAUGACCUGUGGAAAUUGUGGUCAUACAUAUCCUGUUUUUGAAGGAAUACCAAACAUGCUUCUUUCCGAAACAGAAAUUUAA